CAAUUGCCAAUUUAUUCUUCGUAAUACAUACUAUAUGUAUAAUGAAUAUUAUCAAAAUUAUAGUUUAGAAUAGUAAAUCUAUCCACUUGCCAAAUAAUGCUUACAUACGUAACCGUACUGAACUAGACACAAGAUUGAUCUAGUUGUUUUUCGUAACCAUUAAAUUAAAGCAACAUGGAUAUCUUGGAAAGAAUUUAUAAUGGCCUUAAGCGGCAAGUGGUAACGAUACCGGCAACUAUAACAAAAUCGGUGGACACUAUCAAUAAGUCAAUGAAUCAAGUGAGAAUUCCACCGUUCACGAAAGAUAAUGUUUUAUUUUACUAUUUGCCAAUGCAAGGUUUGGUCAGUUAUUCAACAUUAUCCAUUGGUGUGAUGAACCCCCACUUAAUGGUAAGACUGUUUCCAAGACGUGAUAUAACAGAUCUAUUAUUCCUGUCAGCGGGGAGUGGUGCGGGUCUAUGGUUAUGGGCCCGCCCACAUAUUGCGGCUGCAGCACCAGCUCGACGAUUCUCGUGGGCUUUCUUAGGGGGUUGUCUCUGGCCUCUGGGAUCAAUAUUCUUAUGGGCAAUAUUACGUAGUUCCAUAGGUCAGAGACCUGUUUUGGGAACAAUCUUAGGUGUCUCAACCGGUGUAAUGCUUACAAAUAUAGCAAUUGACUAUUUUAAUUAUGUAGAGCUCAUGUUUUGUGGUGAGGUUCGCUUACCAGAAGACGUAUAUAGUCCUAGUGAUGAUGAAAAAUAUGAUAUCGAUUUGUAAAUGCACAACAGCAUAAAACUUGCAUCACUGAUUCUUAAAAUUUGUCUCAAAAUGUUAUUAGUCAUUAUUUAACUUUAUAUAUGUGCUUAUUCUUGAUAAUCAUAUAAAAUAUUUAACUAAGUAGUAGUAAAAAAAAAUAUGAUUUUCAUUUCAAAUUGAAUGUCGAGUGUGUGGAAAAAAUGUAUAUUAUUUAAGAAUACUGUGAAUAAUUUGGUGAUUGUAUUUACUACAUUAAAUUAUCCCUGCACU